ACUAGCAAUAUUGUAGGUCAACAGAGCAAUGUGGUAGAACACAUGGAAGACACAUGUUCUCCAGCGCCAGAAGAAAAGUUUUUCUCAGAAUAAUUCUGUUGCACUGAAGCUAGACUUCUUUUUUUUUAAGUGUUUAGCUUUGGUGGAUAUCUUUUACUGUAUUUCUACGCCAAUGUCAAAAGAGGUGAAGCCAGAGAGCAUGUCUCUGCAUUCCCUGGGAGGACGAGCAGGAGAGGCCACUUUGGAGCAGGAGCCGGUAUGCAUUUUCGGGACGGGAGACUUGGGACGCUCCCUGGGCCAGCGGCUGCUACAGACGGACUACAAGGUGGUGUACGGCAGCCGCAGACCUCACACUUGCGGUUCUUUGCCUCGAGGAGCUCAGGUGUUGAGUCAUGCUGACGCAGCCCAGUUGGCCAGUCUGGUUUUUGUGUGUAUACACAGAGAACAUUAUGGCUUCAUGGAGACGCUCGCCUCACAACUGGAAGGAAAGGUGCUGGUAGAUGUCAGCAACAACCCUGAGAAGAACCUCUACCCGGAGGCCAAUGCUGCAUAUCUGCAGAAACUGCUUCCUGGUUGUCAAGUGGUGAAAGGCUUUAACACCUUGUCUGCCUGGGCUCUGCAGAAUGGACCCUCAGAUGCCAGUAGACAGGUCUACCUGUGUGGGAACAGUGCAGAGGCAAAGCAGGCCGUAGCAGAGGUGGUCACCAAGAUGGGCCUCACAGUUUUGGACAGGGGGUCUCUGUCUGCAGCCAGAGAGCUGGAGGAUAUCCCCCUGCAGCUGUUCCCAGAGUGGAGGCUGCCCCUCCAAAUCGCCUUGUGCCUCACCGCCUUCUUCUUCUUCUACCUGCUCAUCAGAGACGUCAUCUACGCCUACGUGAUUCAGGGGAAAGACAUCUCUUUCAGAAUCAUGGUGUCCCUGGCCAACAAGGUGUUUCCCAUCGUGUCGCUCAUCAUGUUGUCACUGUGUUACCUGCCUGGUGUUAUUGCCGCCUUCCUUCAGCUGUACAGAGGAACUAAGUACAGGCGCUUCCCUGAUUGGCUGGACCGAUGGAUGCUAUGCAGGAAGCAGUUGGGACUAUUGGCACUCGCCUUUGCCUUUCUACACGUACUCUACACGCUCAUCAUCCCCAUAAGAUAUUAUGUGAGAUUCAGGAUUUCUGACAGCAUUGUCACUCAGAUCAGGGAGAACCAAACGUCAAAAUUCGACACGACCAUCGCCUGGAGAAGUGACUCUUACUACUCUGUGGGAAUUCUAGGCUUCGGCCUGUACGUUCUACUAGGAAUAACGUCUCUCCCCUCAGUUAGCAACGCUCUCAGUUGGAGGGAAUUCAGCUUCAUACAGUCAAAGCUGGGCCACCUGACAUUGUUGCUCUGCACCCUCCACACCUACCUGUACGGUUGGGACAAGUUCCUUCGCCCCUCCAUGUAUAAGUGGCACACUCCAGAGGGCUACAUGGUCAGUCUGGUGGUGCCCACCGUGGUGCUGGUGCUGAAGCUACUGCUCCUCCUGCCUUGCGUGGACCGAAACAUCACCCGCAUCCGUCGGGGCUGGGAGAGGGCCGCACCUGACGAGGACAAAACACUUUUAAUGUAGGAGACGUGAAUGAAAUAUGAUUUUUCUCGGAAUUACUGUGCCUAUUGACAACAUAUUUUGUAUUGGGGCAGUGCCCCACCAGAUGGCACUUUGUUGACAAAAACAUAUUAUAUUUCUUUUUUUUUUAAUUGUGAUAUCAUUGAGAAAUGAAUGUGAAUAAAUAAUCUCAUAUUCUA